AGAGUAUAAUUAAUAAAUAUAAUCACUACAGUCUUAUUUAACAUCAUCAAUAUGGAAAGCAAGCGAGUAAAUUCUGCUCCAAAUGUGAAUCGCCAAACGUCGAAAACAAAACGAGACACUGCAGCCACGAAAACCGCAAAAAAUGCUAAAGGAGAUUGCGGCGAAGUAUCUGAGAGCACUUCCCAUACUCAGUUCUUUGUUAAGAAGAGAAAAUUUGACCCGUUCACGAGAAUGGCAAGGGAUAAAUAUUACGACAUGCAAGCCUCUUCUGAAAGUUCGUCCUCAGAUAGUUUCGGCUGCAUACAUGGUCCAGGGGGAAAAUCUUACACGGACAGCGAACAGCUAAAAAGAGCAUUUCGUCACGAAUUGGAUCCUGUUCCAGUAGAUGAGACGUGGAACACCAAGUGCCCCCCGGCGUACGGAUGGGAGAUGGCGCGCAAGCUCCACUUCCUCGUCAUGGACGCCGAGCCCCUCAGGCAGCUGGACCGACUCAAUGCCCAUUUACAAGACUUUGCUACCACCUCUAGACACGGAUAUAAAAUCGACGUCCUUGAUAGUGUAAUUGUCAUACUAGACUUUCUGGAGGGCACGUACAGGAAAGAACCCAGUUUACGUGAAGGUUUUGUGACGUUAUUGAAGAACAUACAUCAACCUAUUGUAAUGAAUAACAAUGUAGACUUUCAAAGGUUUUAUGAUAACGUGACAAAAUAUAUAGGAUUUAUAGGUUGUCUGUUGCUGUGUUUGGAAGAAGACGAGCUGUUCACGAUAGUCUCUGACGCGUUGCUAUGGCACCUGUCAGCGCCGGACCCGCGGCGGCCCUCGAACGCGCUGCAGCGGCGCGCGACGUUGCUGGCGGGAGCACCGGUGCUGUACCACGCAGCUGCCAGGAUGCUGGCCGUCACCGAUUCCAACCGCUUCCCCACGUUUUUGAAGAUGUCUCUGCUGCUCGCUGCAGCCUCUCAAGAAAAUUGUAUGGAGCUGAUCAAGGAGAACGUACUAGAAAAUAUAUUUUACCGCUUCAACCCAUACUUCCCCGAGAGAAAGUUGCCAGCCUACGACAUUAAUCCAGCCGAUCCUCAACACUACAAUGUUCAAUUGGGAGAUAGCAGCGUCCACCUCCCCGCUACGCUGACGUUACUCCUAGUGCUCGUCAAGGCAUUGAAGCAACGUUGCGAAAAGGAUCCCAAAUUUGCAGAACAGUUACCGGCGCCAGAUAAUUACGCACAAAGGUGCUUUAUAUGGGCGUACAGAUACGAGUGUCGCGCGCGCGCUCACCAAGCACAGCGGAUCACGCUGACCGUGAUCACCACUGUUUUGCUCCGGUGCUUCGGCGUACGGCUCGAAGGGUUUUCUGCAUGUCUGAUGCCCGACGUGAUGUCGUUGUCGGUGGCGACAGAGCUCCAGAUCCGCGGGGGCUGGGCUGCCACCGUGAACUUUAACACCUCCCAGUCAGACGUGCAGUUUAAAAAGGCCCUUAUAUACCUUAGCGUGGAUUUCAUUAAAAUAUUUCCAUAUAACCGAUUUUUGAUAGCAUCCCAGCAUUGGUUUGUUGGCCUCGUGUGUUUGCUGGACCCCGGUCUGACGCAGCUCAGGCCCAAGUGGCCACAGCCCCUUUACGACGAGCUCCGGCAAACGGCUCUCCAGGCGUUAGUGUGCGUGCUACCGCUGACGCAGACCGAUCUGGCUAAAGACUGUGGAUUAAUACGGAGAGUAAUGUGGUACGUGGAGUGGUACUCGUGGAACCCGUACGAGCUAACCGUGUUGUACUGGUGCCUGCGGCUCCUCAAGGCAGCUGUGGGCCAUCGUGGCUCGUCACCGCACUCUCGCGCCAUCAAGGAGCUGUUCAACUCGCACGGAAUUAUCAUUCUCAUGCAUUUGUGUGCUACUCUGAUUCGGCAACGCGAACCGCCCGUGGAGAUGUCCCAGGUGAUCCUCGCUCUGACCCUGCGAGUGGCGGCGGGCGGCAUCGAAGCCCCGGGGAAGGUCAAGUGCGAGGUGUACCCUCAGAUCUCGUGGCCAAGCUCCAUCAACGCCCUCACGUGGACCAUGAUGAAUGUCGUUAUGCGGUCGCUUGAGAGGAGUUACAUUAUCAGUGAAAGGUGGUUAAUAUCGCUCUUAAAUUUUAUUUGGGAAGGUGUAAUAUGGAGAGAAGAUUACAGAAAACAGUUCUUGGCAAAUAAUGGUGUUUACCAAUUAUUAGAUUUAAUUACGAUGGUUCGCCCGUCGGUGCAGUGCGUGGCGCUGGCGCUGGUGUGCGACGCAACCAGCGCCGGCGGCUCCGUGGCGCAGCUUGUCACCUGGCGCGCCGGCGUCGGCGCUUCUAACGCUGUUAGCAUCAUCACUUCACUUAUUAUGCGUGGUAUGGCGCCUGCCGGUGUAGUGCGAGCGCUGGCGCUGGUGUGCGACGCAACCAGCGCCGGCGGCUCCGUGGCGCAGCAUGUCACCUGGCGCGCCGGCGUCGGCGCUUCUAACGCUCACCCUCGCGUUGUGCAAACGGGAGAUACCAUAGCGACUCUCUUGGCGUCGCUCGUCCGGGAUGAAUGCCGCAAGCUCGGCGUGAAGUUGGACGAGAAUGGAGUUAUACAGGACUUAAAUACUCCGUUGAGAUCGGCUAGAGUUCGGAAAGCGCUGGAAAACCCUAAAUGUCACAAAGUGCACAACCGACAGCCAAUAUGCUACGCUGCUGCUGAUUUGGCAGGCUCUCGUAUAUCAAAGGCUUACGCUCUUCUACAGAUGUUGUCUGAAGACUUGAACGACAAGGUGUCGAUAGCGGACGAAGCGUACAACCUGUACAAACACAUUCAUCUGGCGCCCAAAGACGAAGUAAUUUUAACACUGUGUUCACAUUUCUUGAUUGAGAAGCUAAUGGAAACGUGGAUAGAAACAGAAAUGCAAACUACUGAACUGGAGCCACACGAUGCCGAUAUUCUUGAAGAAUUUGUUCACAUAAACAGAGGCUGGAAUGUUGAAAUAAAACGUCAACAAGAAGUUAUUACCGAAAUGGACCGAAAAAAAAAACACGAGGAGGAGCGUUCACUAUACGCGUUCCUAGCUCGGGUGCGGCUGAACACGGCCCUGGACGCGCUGCGCGAGGUGCGCGGCUGCGCGCGCGCCUCCUCGCGCGACCAGCUCGUGCGCGCCAUGCUGGGCGACGCCGUGCUGGCGCACCACCGCCGCUCCGUGCAGGCCAACGACUUCGGCGAAACUUUGCUGCGUACCUACCAGGCGCCGCUUGACGAACAGAACACAACAGGUCAGUAUGUAAAAACCUACUGCAUCCCUAAGAACAGUAAGCUUGACACUAAAUCUACAACUCUAUACAGUGUUCGUUAAUUAUUGUGAUGAAUUCCUGAUGCCAAUAAAUUAAAUUGUAUUCCAAGAAAGCAAAAAUGCGUUUUUUUUUUAUAAAUAUUUUAUUUUCAAGUUGGUAUCUCUGAUGCCUUCAACAUUCCACAGUUUCUUCUCGAGGUUGAGAUAAAAUGUUUGAUGUUUAUUGUAUGUAUUAAAAAGCUUAAUUCUCCAUUGAAACCAUUUAUUUAAUAGAUAAUAUAUUUUCUACUUGAACUUCUGUAUUACAUAACAUUGUCAAAAAAUAAUAACUAAUAAAGUAUUGACUGUUUAACGCGUGUUAACUGAAAGUAUCGAUUGACAACCAUUUGUAUUUAAAACGAUUCAUUAAAUUUUGGCAAAUAUAUUACUUUUUCACAACUGGAUAACUUACUGGAAUUACAGUACCGGCCAAUAAUAUAAUAUAUCCAACCCCAUGUUUAUGUAUGUUUAUGUGUGUAUACACCUCCACCUCACUAUUUCAGGUAGGUAGUUCAGGGGACUUUGUGCGAGCGAUGAGGCAAGUUGGUCUCAUGUAAUGUUUUUAGUUCCAAUAAUUUAUUAAACUUCCUUUUU